AUGGAGGUCACAGCUCUCUGCAGCAGACAGUUUGCAGAUGUUCGUAUUGUUCCAUCAACACUGCAGCUCUUUGUAUAUGAAUCUGUUUCAUUUACCUGUGAGGGGUCUGCUGGCUCAGUUGGAUGGAAAGUGAGGAACAACAAGGGAGUCAUUAAAACAAAUCCUUAUGUAACCUGCAAUAACUGUAUUGAUGUUGCCAUUGAAUCAGACAGUGGAGAGUACUGGUGUGAAGGUGAAGAAGGACAAAGAAGCAACGCCGUUAACAUAACUGUCACUGCUGGAUCUGUGGUCCUGGAGAGUCCUGUCCUUCCUGUGAUGAAGGGAGAAGCUGUGACUCUGCACUGUAGAAUUAAGACGACCUCCAACAUCACAGCUGAUUUCUAUAAAGAUGGCGUCUUCAUCAAGACUGAGUCCACAGGCAACACGACCAUCCAAAGUGUCUCCAAGUCCAAUGAAGGUCUCUACAAGUGCAACAUCUCUGGAGCUGGAGAAUCACCAGAGAGCUGGUUAGCUGUGAAAGAUCAAUUGGAGAUCCCAAAGGAUAACGACUCAGCGAACCAAAGUAAGGAUCCGUUGGCACAACCUGCAGACAAAACAGGAAAGAUCACUCCUAUCAUAUUUCCGUCGUCUUAA